AUGAAACAACCUCUUUGGUGGACACUUGCUCUUCUACGCCUUGUUGCUCAGACGAAUGCGGCGGAUGCGUUGGGAUUUAUGGAUCAGUCGUUCUACUUCUCCUACACCCCACCUUCCCAAGCGGUCCCAGUGCCAGUAACAAGUCAAUGCGAGACCAUCCAUCUUUCGUGGUCGAGGGGCGCAGGAACUGGGCCAAAUCCGGAAGCCCCAUACUUUCUCCAAGUUUAUACCUCUGCUUUCGUUUUCCCCUUCAUCAUUCCUGCUGGAAGUGGACUGAGCUUUGACUGGCAAGUGCCGUUCAGUGCUGGGACAUUAUACCAAAUAUGCAUGUUCGAUAAGAAUGGCAAUAGUGGUGGUUGCCAAGACAUGUUUACGACGAUUCCAGCCGCCUCCACGCCAUCCUGCCCUAAUGCAACAUUUCCCCUCGGACCGCUCGAAGUAGAUGCUUCAGUCAGCAGCGGGCCAUUAUCACAAUAUGGCUGGGUAGACCAAUGUACGGACAUCACAGUCACUCCUAAAAAUGGCACUCCACCGUAUAUUUUCACGGUUGCCCCAACGUUGCAUCCACCGCACAAUCAGACAGUGAAAGGACAAAGCCCGACAAGCUGGACGGUCAAUCUUUCCUGGGGCUCGUCAUUCUUCAUCAGCGUGGUAGAUGCAGAGAUGAACUUUUGGAGUUACGGUCCACUUCACAGCGGACAAGGCCACUCGACCUCCUGUCUCUCGGCCAAAUCCAAAACAUCGGUCUCCCCGGUAAUUUCUGUUGCCUCUGGCUUGGGAGGCAUAGUAGUCGGUCUUGUGGCAGGCAUCGCAGCAGCCUUUCUGUUUCUUCGACGCAGGUGGAAACGGAAUGAAGACCACGGUUUUAUUGACUACCCAAGUGGAUAUAGCUCCAACCCUUUCCAAGGGUCUUCAUCCGGUCCGGCGCACUACAAACCCCUCAAUGCUACCCAUGGCUAUGACGGAAGCUUUUCCCCCAGAGCUAGUCAUCAAUUCCAACGCGAAAGCACGAACUAUCAUGUUGAACCCUUUGUCAUGCCUGGAGACCCACAUGAGGGCAGCACGGCUGGCAGCACGGUUGGCAAUAACACCGAGUCAGUCACUGGAAGAAAUAUUUAUGUUGUUCACCACGACGCUGGCCGACCACCAGUGACCGUCUAUCACGCAGACGGGACGGAGGUUGUUGAACUUCCGCCUCGUUAUGGGAACGUCCCUCCAGAUGAUGGAGGAGAGAGUUACCCCACCAGCCCGACAUCAAGUAUUCACCCACUUCCCAGCGGCUCGACAAGCACUCGAAGGCAAAGCUCUAUUGCCCCGUCAUCCGUUCAGGAAAUGCUCUCACCCACAAGGAGACCGAAUCGACCGUCCAAGCCAUAA